AUGAGGACAUUCUGGCCACUAUUCUGGGCCCAUUCGGUCGCCGCCAUUCUCGUUCAUAAAAGUGUGGAUGUGGGGGCGUUGGUGCAGGCGAAGAGGCUGUCGCCUCAGCUUUAUCAGACGGUAAGGUGAUGUUUACUUUUUGGAAUUUGGGUUUCAACAACAUUUAUUGACAUUUUCAGUGGUCAUUUUACGGCAAAAAUCCCAAAAAAAACCUUCUCGAUUGUACCGGCAAAGCGCGAGCUAUCCGUCUGCCGGAAAAAUAAUAAAGACUCCUCGCGCAUUGGAAUCGCACAUAAUCGCUCUGUGACGGCUGAAUUUACCAGCAAUUAUUAUCAAAAUUAAGGAAUUGCAAAUCGCGCAAAUUUUAGCCCUGUUUUAUCUUACGUCACUUUUUUUAUUCUAACACCGCUUUUGUGUAUGUAAUUUUGAACCCUUGAAUCUCCAGACAAUCCUGAAGCCCUCCUUUUGUCUCGAUUCUGUAUUGUUUGCCGACAUCUCAUAGACUUUUGGGUCUCCCAAAGGACGCAAUUACAAAUCUGCAAAAAAAAUUAAAAUUUCUCGAAGAAAACAAAUUCCGAAGACUUCCUAUAAAUUCAAGUGAAAUAUGGGUUUUGAAUUCGUUUGGGUAAUUUAAAUGCAUAAAUAAGGAAGUCCAAGGGUCAGAAAGCUGGUUGGAAAUUUUUUGUACUCAAAUUGGGAUAGGAAAUUGUUACGAGUUUUGACAAACUGCAGUAUUAAACCAACAAAAAAGGACUUUUGGGAGCGAAAGUACCAAAAAUGUGACAUUUUCACUAAAGUUUUGCUGUCAAUUAACUUGAAGUGUCCCAAAUAAAACGUAAAAUUUCAGAUCCACUUAGAAGUGGACCCUUCAUCAGCUCAUGGAUUCCUCAUUCUCCUUGAAAACACAAUGGAUAUGAAUGGCGAGAAUUGCCGACUAAUCGACGCCUUGGCCAAGUUCGAAUUGAACGAGAGGAAUAUUUCUUUUGGCUGCUUUCAUUACCUUGUUCAUUAUGCUGAAGCUCCGCUGAAAAUUCGAAUAAUCCCAGCGUUGUUCGAGCCCCUCAAACCGUAUUUGAAGCUUAGAGCAACGGCGGUGAGAUUGGUCUGCAGCGAAAAAGAUAUGCGGUUCAAACAAUGUCCAAAUCAUCGGAUGUUUUGCAUCUCGAGGUCGUUGUUUUGCGAUGGAAAUGACAAUUGCGGAAUGGGUGUGGAUGAACAGGUAUGCAGAAGGAUCUUUUCAUUUCACAGAGUUCGCAUUUUCUCGCCCGAAAUAAUUGCUUUUUCUCGAAAAGGAAGAAGAGAGAUAAGAAAAUGCGUUUUAUCGGAUAGUGACAUUUCGUUUUGAACGAAUCACCAAAAAGGGGCGGGGAAUUUUUUCUUCUAUUUUGGAUUGACGUGUGCCGCCAAUAUAAUAAAUGUUAUACUUUUAAUUAUGGCACACACCUCUUUGCUUCGUUCGUUUUGCGGCUAGAUAUUUUUUACUUACGUAAAUGCGUUUGUAACAAAACUUUUCAUGUUCGGAAAAGUACUUCUAACGAGUUCCACGGAAGUUUUUCAGGCAUAAGUAAGACUUUUCUGAAUACGAAAUUAAGAAUUCAAGUUCAAAGCAACGCAAAAAACACUGUGGUUUGUUGGAGUAAUCCUGUUAAAGGCCUGAAUAUUGGGGAAUAAGUUGGAUACAAAAAAAAAUUCUUUCAAAAACCCAUGUGUUAUGCAAAUUUUACAUAAUUUUUUCAGAACUGCGCCGCGCCUUCCCAACAGAUUGCCCUUUCUAUUGUCGACAAUCGGAAUCAUGUCCAUCUAGCCGUGAUCCUUGGCUCUUUGGCUGUUGUCACAUUUUUUACUGGGGUUGCUUCAAUCUUCGUAUAUCGAUGGUAUCAACGAGCUCGCCGAGGGUAUUGCAGUAAAUAUGUUAAGAAUAUGUUUGGCGCCAAGAAGAAGGAGCCAUCGAAUUACGAAGCCGAGGAAACGGUCGCGUUGCUGACGCUGGGUCUGAAGAAUCUGUACCUUCCACUGCCCGGGAAUCGAAGGCUCAGUCAUUAUGCUCAAGUCAAGUAUGGCACUGUCUGGUAGAGGUUGUGUUGUUGGAAUUCAUCAAUAUUUUUUUUGAUUUUUUAAAGAUUUUUUGUUAAUUUGGGAUGUAUCAGGUAUGUUAAUGGCAAAAUCUGGUUAUGUUUUGAAUAAACUUUUAUGUAACCUCGGAAAUAUACAAAUUUGUGAACAAAAUGAUUAGAAAAGUGGUAUAAAAGUCCCCCAAUAUGCCCAAUGCCGUUUUUCGUACGGUUGGCUCUCCUCGGGUUCCAUAGUCUCUCGCCUGCAAACACCGUUGAAUAUUUCAUUUGGACCUGAAAAUCGGAAGCCAAAACCUUCACUAGUUCGUACAUAGUGGACAACUGUUUAUCGACCAUACCCAAAUAAAGUAAUUAUUACUUCAAAAAAUAAAUUAUUAUAUUUUGCAAAAAAUCGGCUUCUGAAACGAACAAGUUCAUAAUGAUAAUGAUUUUUUACUAAUUACCCUAAGGCAAUAUUCACUAAAUUCUUUAUGGCUAUCGAAAACAUGUGUGAAAGGUCAUUCAAAAUACUGAUGUCUUCAAAACAGCAAUUAAAACAAAAUCGUAGCCACUAAGUUGGCUAAAGAGCCAGCAAGAAAUCAGUUUAGUCACUAAAGAAGUAAUGAGUAAUGGGUUCUGUGAAACAAAACCAAGCUUGAGUAGACAUUUACCCGUCCUUUUCACACAACAUGCAGCUGAUUGACGAAGACCAUUGGGCAUUUUGCGAUGAAUAACAAAAAGUUUUGUUUAUUUUUUGAUAAAAACAUAACUCCUAUCGCAUUUUCGUUUUUAGAUCACAUUUUUCCCAUGAUUUAUAAUUAAUUAUUUGUUUAUUACCGGAUAAAGUUAAAUUUUUUAAAUCUGGAGAUGCCUUACUUGGAAUUUCCGUAAAUAAGCAAAGUAAAAAUUUUUAUGAACACGAAAUUUUUCAGUUUAAAUUAUUCGUUUUUUCCUGUUUUUCCCUAAAUUUAUGCUAAUUUUUUUCAAUUUUCGCGCAAAGCCCUUUAUUUUGACCCAUAACUCGUAUGAGUAAUCCGACAGAAAGAUCGUCUUUUCCUUUGAUUUACAUUUUUCGUUACGUUUGAACCUUUUUUAGAGCCUGGGAAAGCAUGAAAAGAUGGGUAUUACUAACGAUUUUUGUAAACUUGGUUGGGCUUGGAUUUGUUGAUUGCAAAGAUGCGGUAAGUUUAUUAGGGUAUAUAAGGGGAGUACUCAAUGUGUGGCGCUAGAAUUUUCGAAAAAGUUGGAUAUUUUUCGGAUAUGGAAAAAUUGAAAAAUGACAAAUUUUUGGUAUUGAUCAGGACGAAGGCUCACAUGCCAAAAUAAAAAAAAAUUGGCCAGAAGAUUUGCCUUGUACUCGCGAAUGUAUUAUAUUCAUAAGCCUUUCUCUAAAGUUGUGCAAAGUUUUCGUAAGAUCUGAACACCCCACCAAGACGCGUUUGUUUGCUAAGUUCUGCCAAUCUUCAUGAGAUUAAAAGCUUCAAACGUUGAAUUCUUUUCUUGAAGACUUAAAAAAACCAUUUCAUCACAAGGUUUAUCAUAGGUCCAUUUUCUGAGCUACAUUUUCAGACGCAAUUCCUAAAGGCCUAUGGCUACUUACCCAAAGAAAAAGAAGGCCAGCCACAGUCAAUGAUGUCUCCGGAUAGUAUAAAACUAGCCAUCAAAGAGUUACAACGAAUCGGAGGGAUCAAGCAGACUGGAGAGAUGGAUGAACGAACACUGCAGUUACUGGAUGAAAAACGAUGUGGGCUAGGAGACGAGGAAAUUGUCAGGACUCCGUUAGGUCGAAGACGACUCAGACGAGCAAUGAAGAAUUCAUUUGUUUGGCCAAACAAGACCGUCAGUUACAGGUGAGUUAAAAAUACGUUGGCUCAAAUAAGUUUGCUAUCCUUUGCCGAUAUGUUGGAGGAUACUGUACGAUCAUUGCUGUGCUAUCUUCCAAGAGACACACCUUUCCUUCUGAAUCACCCCAUCCCCCAAUAUCUCCUUCCAUAUCUCUUCUUUUCCGAUCACUUAUCGCUUUCUCAGCCCAUUAUUUAAAGCAGUGGGUGGAUAAAAUGAAACAUUACAGCGAAGGGACUACUGUUUAUUCGUCUCCAUUUUUUGAUCUCGGAAUUUUUCAAAAUUAAUAUUUUGGAUCGAGCGAUCAGCCGUCUAAACUAAUACUUUGCUUCAAUCAUCUUUGAUUUCUUAAUUUCAAAAUAAGAGGAGAAGAAGACCACAUAUACCAUUAAGGUAUCUCAGAUAGUUUACUCAUUAGAUUGUCUGAUUGGAAUAUUCAAAUUGAGAAAUCACAACCUAAAUGAGUAGGCCAUUUGGGAGGUCUAAUUCCUUGCAGCAAACUUGACUUUCAAACUGCCACUGGUAGAGUCUUAUAUUCUUUCCAGAGUUGUCAACGCCCCUCGUACCAUCCCUGAGAAAGGUUACGUUCGUCGAGCUCUUUACGAAGCCACGAACACUUGGAACGAUGUCUCCGAGCUUCAGCUUCAGGAAUCCGCUUCUCCCGAUGCCCAUAUUCAGAUCAGUUUUAUGGCCGGCCCUCACGGAGAUCAGUAUCCGUUUGAUGGGCGAGAUUCGGUCCUGGCACAUGCUUUUUAUCCUGGCGAAUCUACCGGCGGAGACAUUCAUUUUGAUGAUGAUGAGAAUUGGGGAUUCAUGGCAAAUCCGAUGAACAAGGAGAUUAAUCUGAGAAUUGUGGCGGCUCAUGAGGUUGGCCAUAGUUUGGGAUUGUUUCAUUCCGAUCAUCCGGAAAGUAUCAUGUACCCGUAUUAUCGAUAUGACGAUGCGAGGAAUACUGGUUUGCAUUAUUACGACAAGAUUAUGCUCCAGGGACUUUAUGGUGAGUUUUGAAGGUGUCAUAUGGUAUAGUAGAGUUGUGAGUCUGUCGGAAAAAUAAUGAGCGUGAUUUCGGUAUUAGCAAUACUUGUGCUUUCCUCAAUUUCCAGGGAAAGUUAAAAAAAAGUCGUUUUUUUAGGCCGUGGAGACCAUCCCGUUCCAACGCCAGAGGAAGAGAAAAUAAAGACUACAACGGCUACAACAACUACUAGGAGAACGAGAACCAGACCUCCACAAACUUCGACACGGCCUCCUAACAAAGAAAUCGACAUCUGUGAUACGAACGUGGACGCCGUUGGAGUCUUUAGGUCCGAGAUAUUCAUGUUUAAGGAUGACAUGUUUUGGAGAUUGGACCAAAAAGGUAGAGUGUAAAAAAAACACCGUUUUAGAUAACAUUUUACCUGUCGAGAAACAAGAAACUUUUUGAGGAAACUGACAAUUUCAGGUGACCUAAUCGAGAAGCCCAGAAAGAUCAAAGAUUUCUGGCCAUCGCUACCAACCCCGGUUGACGCCUGCUUCGAGAUUAAUGAUCAAGCCCAUUUCUUUGUUAGCCAAACCGUGUACACCUUUUAUGGUCAUGAGUUAAAUUACACCAGAAGGUUGACAGAUCUUGGAAUCCCUGAAUACGUUACCAAUAUUCGACUAGCCUAUGAUUGGCAGUAUGGGUUGCAAACUCGAUAUUACUUGUGGUCGGAUGAUGAGUAUUGGAAAUUGGAAGAAAAUAGUUGGAAAGUUGAGGUGGACUACCCAAGGAAAAUUGACAAUAAUUGGAAGAAUAUCCCGGAUAGUGUGUCAGCGGCGUUUUCUUGGGAUAAAGGUAGGGGGUUGUAGGUACUUGCCGUUGAGGGAGUUCUUUUACAUUUAAAUUUUGAUAAAAACUUUAUAAAAGCCGCUAAAAAUUCAAAAAAUUUUGCAAUAUUAUCUUUAUCCUCUAGCCUGCAAAAGCCUUUGGAUAUGCUGUUUCGUGAGACCGCCUACCGGAAGUUCGAAAAACCCCAAGUUCGACAACCAAAAGUUCGAAUGCCGCAAGUUCGAAUGCCGCAAGUUCGAAUACUAGAAGUUCGAAAAACCUCAAAUUAGAAAAACCAAAAGAUCGAAAACCGGAAGUUCGAAAUAUGAAAAUAUAAAAAAUGCAGAAUGAAAAAAAGAAUCGAACUUGCGGUGGGUCUCCGAACGCCUACCGCAAGUUCGAAAAACCCCAAGUUUAAAUCUGCCUCACACGCGAUUUUUUUGCCCUGUGAAAAAAAACUGCUGCUCUGCUCGCAAAGCCGUUUUUUUUGGUAUCCAAAAAACGGUUACCCACCGCAAGUUCGAAUCAGCAAGUUCGAAAGCCUAAAGUUCGAAUGACUAAAGUUCGAACGACCUCCAGUUCGACAAACCUAAUCCAGUUCGACAAACCCAAACCGAGAAAGACACAGUUGGAUUGGCUCCAUGACGAAUAUUGACCAGGUCGACAUGAAGAACAGCGCGUUCGUUGCCGGUCAGAGUGUUCGGACAACCAACCUCCAUCGUAAAGGAUGAAUGAAUGAUUGAAGAGGAAGUGUAUUUUGCAAAAUAAUUAUAUGCAAAUUAUAAUUUAAAUAUUAAUUAACUUUUUUUUAUUUUCGAACUUUAGUCAUUCGAACUUUAGGUCAUUCAAAGUUACGGUCAUUCGAAGAUUAGGUAGUUCGAACUGGAGGUCGUUCGAACUUUAGUCAUUCGAACUUUAGGCAUUCGAACUUGCGGAUUCGAACUUGCGGUAUGUCUCCGUUUCGUGACACCAUUUACAUUCAAUUCUCCCCAAAAAUAACUGGUAUUUUAUUCAGAUCUGUACUUCGUCGGUAACGGAGAGAUGUUCAAGUUCAGCUCCUUUAAGAUGAGUGUCGCCAAGGAUUACCCUCGGCCAUUUCGAGACAUCUUUUCUUUCUGUAUGCCAAGAGCUGAAGCGCUGGUUUGGUCGGGCAGUAGAGGGCGUACAACUUAUUUUUCGACUUUUAUUUUUGCUCUAUGUACAUAUUUGGUCAUUAAUUUCUUUUGACGUUGUAAUAAAGGUAGAGAAAAGAUCGAUCUUUUUGGACAAAUUUUUUAAAAUCAAGUGUAAAAUACGUCAAUGAAAGCUCGGACUUGUUAAUUUUGGUUACAUUAACAACCAUACACAUUACAAUUAGACUAAAAAAAAUUACGUCUUGGAUAAAACGCCAAAUGAAAUUAAAUCAAGCGCUGCCUACAGUACCCCACACGCAUUUCACUCUCAGUUUUGGACCAGUUUCUUUUCUCAUCCGACCAAUUUCCCAACAAUUUCUCUGAAAAUCUCUACAUUAGCGUAAUAACCCUCCCGGCUUUGUGAAUAAAGACAUUUACAACUCUGAUCCGACUUUUAUUUUACGUCAAUGCCUUCGUAUUUUGGUUUAGAGCAACGAAAAGAGGGGGCUGGGACAGCAGAAUUCAUGCGGAAAUCCUUUUUGGGCCAAGAAGUCUUGGAGUUUCAUUCCAAGGUAUUUUUUAUACAAAUUUGCGGGGAGAAAGGUUCGUAAAAAAUAACUUUUACUGUCUUUUGUAUAAAGUUUUCUUUUGGGCGAGCUCUCUGUGCUAGAAAUUUUGUUAAGACAUGGAUUUUACGCGGUGAAAGAUUGAUGUAUCAUAUUUAUAAAGCUUCUAUAGACACAUGACGUAUUUUACACCCAUAUCCUUGAAUUACAUUAACCUUUUUUGACAGAACCCUACUGCAAUAUCCACAUAAGCAUCAUAAAAAAAAUUCAACAAUGACCAAAGAAAUCCGUUCAAUUUCAAUGUCGAAUUUGAAUCGAAAGUCGGCGUCGCUAACACUUGCGGAGCCGGUCAGCGUCUUCCAUGUGGAUUCGUGGUUGGGAAAAGUCAACAAGAAACUUUUCAAGGCCAUGUAUCGGGCCAUUUUUUCUUCUCAAGUAAGUUUUGGAUUUAUUUUUAUUUUGUGCUUUUUAAAAAUGUAAAAAAUCCCGGUUUCAGCCUGGAAUUUUAAUCUCUUCAGCAUUAUCCACAAUCGACAUCCUGAUGUCCUUUUUGGCCAUAUUUGGCUUAUCCUUCUAUGAGCUCCGGAAUGUUAAUCAGAUUUUAUUCUACAUUUCGAUCAUUUACAACGCAAUCGUAUUUCUAAGUCAGCCAGUAUUUCUAAUCUUGGUCAUUUCGAGUUAUUUUUCGUCUAAAAUCUACAAUUACAAGUGGAUUCCGACUCCAUUUUUGGUCUACAUUUUAUUCACAUUGCUCGGAAUCUACGCCAAUUUCAAGUUGCAUUUGCUGAAAAUUCCGUUGAUUUCGGAAUCGUUGACCAGCUACAGCGUCCAAUCAGCGUUCGUAGCGAGGAAACGGAUGGUCUCGAAGGUCCUUUCGGUGGUUUUUACGCUUCUAAUAACGACGAUUACAAUCGCCGGGCUUACAACUUUAACAUUUUCUUUCGAUUUUUUUGGUCUAAGGUCGGCAAAAACGUUUGAAUCGAGCACAAUAUUGUCUUGCGGAACUGCCUGUGAUAUCCUGCGAUGGUACGUAACAGUUGUAAAUUGUGUGGCAAUCUUGGGAGCAACAAGUUUAUUCUCAAUAUUGUGCUAUAAUAUUGGAGCGGAAUGCGAGAAAUUGAGCGAGGAUGUGGGGAAAUGCCCGGGAACAGAGGGAGUCGACCAUUACGUGUUCAGAUUUCAGGUGGGUUUUGGGUAGGAAUGAUGAUUAUAUUUUUUGGAGAGGUUGAGAAAAAGGAUAAGUUCAUGUCAAUUUUGUUUUUUUCUACAUUUUUUUAUCUUUUACUUUUAGUCGAUUGAUCGCUCUUCAAGAAAAUUGAAUCGCCAUUUUUCAAACUUUGCAUUCCUACUGUUAAUUCUAUCAUUGGUUGGAGUGAUAUUUUCUCUCCGAUCAAGUUCCUUCGAAUACAUCAAGAAGUGGGAGUUUGGCGGCGCGGUUUUGAUCAUCCAUUUGUCAGCAUGCUUUAUUGCCACAGCAGUAUUCGUAAUAUCAGCGGUGAACUUGAAUGGAAAGGUGGUCAAUUUUAUAUUAUAAUCAACCCUUUUUUAAAAUGACGUAUUUUACAAACAUUCUUUUUAGUUUGAGCAAUUUCAAUACGACUCGAACAAGAUUUGCGAUCUGCAGCAACUAUAUCACUCGGACCAAACCACAACGGUAAUUAUUAUAUAAUAUUUUGACCUAAAAAUCGCGACAAUUCCGAUAAAAUAGGAGCUAAAAAUCUGGCCAACUUCUAAAAGGAAGCAAUCUAAAUUUGCUACAAUUGUCAUCAAAAUUUUGAAAUCUCAAGCUGCUCACCUCCCUGCCGAUUCAUUUUCUUACUAAUUUUCAAUUUCCAGAUCAAACUCCUGACUCUGAUCCUCCGCUUCAAAGACGCCAAACCCCCCAUCCAGCUGGGUUUGCUGUUCCCGCUGACCGCGCAACAUCUUGUACUGGUAAGCCUUUUGACCUUGUUAUUACUAUUAUUAUUAUUAGAGAGCUUCCGGGAUAACUUCGAAAGGGGAUUCCGCCGAUUCGAAAACAUUAUGAAAUUUUUGUGCGCAAAGUGGCGCAAUUCGAGGGCUCAAGUGGAUCAGCUCGUGAAAAAGUCUAAAAAAGCGAAAAGAAAAGUCGAGAAAAGUGGCUAGACUUGAGCUGAAGGGCACAGACGAGAGGUGGAGCAAAAAGGACAUAGUUUUGGCGAUAGCAAAACUUGGAAGUUCAUGGAAGAAAUAAAGGCAAAAUUGUGAAAAAAUAUUCGCAAAAAAAGUAAUUUCCGACCACAAAAACUUCUAAAAAUCGUUAAAAAUUUGCAUCCUUUUGACCUAACAAUCCACCUGGAUUUCUGCAAAAACCGAGCCAAAAAAUCUGAGGCAUUACCCAUACAUUAGAAGAAUUUUAAUCAAAUUUUUGCUAAUUCUCAUCAAAUAUGAGCUCUGCGUUUAGAGCAUUCCAUGAAAAUCGUCGAAUUUUCGUUCACUGACUCGUUGAAGCAGUUCCCUGAUAAUAAGUUCUUGAUAAUCAUCAUAACCAAGGUGUUUUUAAUAUUCCUCUUUUCAGACGCUAAUCUUCCUCGCCUUCUCCGGCUUCAUCAUCUACUCCAUCGACCACGGUUGUUUGAACAUCUUCUGA